CGGCACAUGAGCCGAAGCUCCGGUACGGAACACUUCCACUGGCCGCACUCAUCCGGCGAGCAGACUCAGCGCUGUAAACAAAAGUUAUUCAACGGUUUAUCUUCAGCAACAUACGCAACUGAAAGACAUGCAUAUCAAAACAGGUACGUGGGAGUCCAACAGCGCAGGGUGUGAGUCGGACACCUUUUGCGAUCUCGUGUCUGCCACCAACUCUGAGCCUCACAUUCGUAACCGCCGCUUAUCCCCCGGCUCAGGCAACUGUAGAGGUGGUGGAGGCGGAGGCUGCAUCUCUGGAGGUGACCAGCAGCGCCAACAGCUUUCCCCUGAAAGCGACCCGAUGGAGUCCCCUCUCACAAACACCUACAACCACCGCAGGGAAAAAGAACGUAAGGGUCAGCAGCACAAAAGCCGCAGCCUCCGCAGGGACAGCCAGAAGGGGGUUCACAGAUCACACGAUCGAAGCCAGAAGGUGAACCAAAAAGAACGGUGGCCGGAGGACAGUCUGUCACUACUCAAGCUCCCGCCUGCCUUCCCAGUGCAGGACAGCCCUGCCAAGCUGCAACCUGCCGUCAGCUACGCCUCCAAGGUGAAGGCGGGGGCACCGUGUGGAGCCCUGGAUGAUGACCGCCCUGCCAUUGGUGACCUGCUGCAGAACCAGUGGGGUCUCAGUUUCAUCAGCGAAGUCAGGACGCCCACAGAGAGUUCAGGCCUUCAUCCCUCAGCCACAGCAUCUCCACCUCAGCCCACAGACAUCAACCAGUCACCGGACCUGCAGAUCAAUCACACAACCCAGCCUCGUGAGGACACGCCCACUCCAGCUCCUACUUUCACUUCCCCCGUCACAUGUCCGGAGGUGGACGAGGGUAAUGGGAAGCUGCUGCUUAGUUGUCGCCAUCUAGUUGAAGCUUUGAACUAUCACUGUCGAGAAUGGAACGGACUCUGCAACAAACAGAAAAAAGAUCCAAAAAGAGUCAUUUGGUAUAAGGACGCCCAGGAGCACCCAGCUUAAGUGUGACACCCAAAGCAUAUGCAAACACAGCAACACGCCUACAUGCACGCACACACAUGCACACACUGCACUCAGGAUGUCUUCACACAAAGCCACACAGACACUUUGGACUAACUCCUUUGAGAUCUUACAGCAGUGGACUUUUUUAAACGCCUUACAGAAGCCUGCCUUAAUUAGAUAUUUCUCAUCACCUCAAAUUUUAACUUUCAAUUGUAAACUUUUUUAAACAAUCUCUGAAGAGCUGUAAAUGAAUUUUUCCCUCUGAAAGUCGCAGUUUUAUUGAAACUUUCUUUGCGCUCUGUAAAGCAAGCGGUAAUCAAGCACUUUGUUUAAAAAAAAAAAACAAACAAAAAACUAAAUCUGGUGUUAAUGUUUAUCACCAGUGAUUGUCUCCCCCCCCUCCCAUCUCUCUGUUAAAGUGUUGUGCCUGCUUUAAUUUUACUGUCUGCAGAGAUGUGUAUCGGUUUAGAGGAGGGUGCAGUCAGAUGCACAGUACAGGUCUCAUUUACCCUGUCACAUCUUAAUGUUUUCUUUUGCUUUUAGCGCUCAUUUUCCUAAUCAGGUGAAUGUCACUCAGCAAUCCAUAAGGGAUGUCACCGUGUUAUGUAUUUUUUUGUUUGUUUUUUGAAGAAUAAACUUUAUUGAAUUAAAUUUACACUGGAGGAGGAAUGUAAGUGAACAGUAUUGCUUAAUAAAAAGGAACAAACUUGA